CUGUUCCAACGUGAGGUGGACGAACCGGCAUACGUGGUCCUCAAUGUUCGAACGAAAAAUGGAUUUGGAAUGGUUUGCCACGGGGCACCGAGGCCAGGAAGAAGACGAACUGGCGGAAACGCGAUUAGGAUACUGCUGCUCGCCACUGCCGCUGCCUUCCUCGCACUCGCCGUUUCUCCUGUGUCUUGCACGACAAACAAGAAAGAGGAAGAGACGGCGGUGGCUACUGUUGACGCCACGGAGGAGAGCACCGGUGUCCUGGGGACAAGACCCAGGACAGGGAGCGAUCCUGGAGGAGGCAUAGACCUUUUGGCAGCGUUACAGCUGCACAACACUACGCGGCAGGGUGUUACACAGGUGCCAGGACUGGUUAGGUUAAAGCCAGCUUAUUAUCUUCAGGGCGAGGAGAGGGAGCUCCGACUGAACGAGGCGAACUUCGAACGAGCGGCCACGCUACUCCGGCGGGUUCCGGAAUUCACUAUAGCCGCCGCUCUGCGACAAGAGGAGGCCAAUUCCGGGACGAUCGUCGCCUUUUCACAUGGGAACAAUAGAUAUUUGGAGCUGCAGAGCAGCGGUCGUAAAGACGAGCUUCGACUUCACUACGUAUCGCGUCGGGAUGGUAGCGUCCACGUAGAGGCGUUUCCUUUCCGAUUGGCCGAUGGCGCCUGGCACAGGGUCGCCCUGAGCGUAAGCGGCUCGCAGGUCGAGCUGCUCGUCGACUGUCAUCCCUUGUACAGGCGGCUGCUUAGGCCUGGACCACCUGACACCAAUUUCACUCUGCCACAGCUACAGCUUUGGGUUGGACAGAGAAACGUCAGGCACUUUCUCUUCAAGGGUGCUUUGCAGGAUGUGAAGCUGAUACCAGGGCCCCAUGGCUACCUUUCCCAGUGUCCCCAGCUCGACUCGUCCUGUCCCACUUGCGGUGAAUAUUCCAUAUUACAAAAUACGGUGGAACAGCUGAAGCAUUACGUCAAAGAUCUGACACGUAGGCUAGCCACUGCAGAGGGCAAGAUAAGCAAAGUGGAGGAGUGCGAGUGCCAAAAGUCAUGCAGGGCGAACGGCACCGUCCACGAGGACGGCGCGACCUGGGAGAAGGGCUGUCAACAGUGUUCUUGCGUCCACGGGGAGAUAGAAUGCAGGCCAACACCCUGUGCUCCUGUCACCUGCAAGAAUCCUGUCAUUCCUCCAGGACAAUGCUGUCCUAUCUGCUUAAAGCAAUGUUAUUUGCGCGGAGUGAUUUACGAUCACGGUGAAAAAGUCUCGCCGAAACAGUGCGUCGAAUGCGACUGUUUCGACGGCAGCUUCACGUGCCAGAGGUUCGACACCGAGACAAGAUGUCCGCCACUGCCUUGUCCACCGAGCGAGCAAAUCAGCGUCGCCGAGGAAUGCUGCAAAUUCUGUCCAGGGGUGGACUACUGCGCGAAGGGCCACAAGUGUCACUCUAACGCGUCCUGCCUGAACCUGCAGACAACGUACGCCUGCCACUGCGAUAUCGGUUUCCAAGGGGACGGUCAUAACUGUCACGACGUCGACGAGUGUAAGCAGCAAGGUGGCUCCGAGGGCCACCAUUGCAACGCGAACACCAAGUGCGUGAACGUGGUCGGCUCCUACACGUGCGAGUGUCUUCCGGGUUACCAUAGAGUGGACAAAUUCAACUGUGCCGAGUUAGACGAGUGUGCAACCGGGCAUCAUGCGUGCGACGAGCACGCCACCUGCGUGAACACUGCGGGAAGCUACUAUUGUAUUUGCAAGGAUGGCUACACUGGCGACGGUUACACCUGCAAACCUGUCUGUAAUCAGACCUGUCAAAAUGGCGGCGAGUGCGUGGCACCAGGAAGGUGUUCCUGCAGACGUGGUUACAUUGGUAACAGCUGCGAGCUCGAUUUGGACGAGUGUGCGAGCGAUCUUCACCGAUGUCACCAGUCGUCGACCUGUUUCAACAUGCCUGGUUGGUACUACUGUCGUUGUAAGCCAGGCUACAGGAGCGCCCUCCACGACAGCACUCAGGGCACACAGUGUCUCGAUAUCGACGAGUGCAACGACCAAACGAUCGAAAGGAGGCAUACCUGUCAUCCUAGCGCCAAGUGUGUCAACACUGAUGGUGGUUACGAAUGCGUUUGUCCCCCUCAUGAGGAUAAUCACACCAUGGUGGAGUGUCGACUGAGUUGUUGGUUUGAGAGUCGAGAAGUGAGAAAUGGAGAUACCUUGGCGCCAGCCGGGAAUCCCUGCAGAAGAUGCACAUGCAAAGAUGGUGUAGUUACUUGCAGAGAUCCCAUCUGCGACUGCAGCGCUCCUGGAAGUCACAGGGACAAAUGCUGUCCUCAGUGCGAUCCUGCUGCCUCCUGUAGGCAUCAGGAACUUCAUCACCUAGUCUUCAGAAGUGGCGAACGGUGGAUAUACCAGUGUCAGACUUGCGAAUGCCUGUAUGGCGAAAUAGACUGCUGGCAGAUGGAAUGUCCACCGGUGACCUGCUCGAAUCCAGUGACGGAGGACGGGGAUUGUUGUCCCCGUUGCGAGGACGAUCCUUGCGCGAGAGAACUGCCAGGGAAUGGCGCCUCCCUCUCGGUGCUGACCAGACCGCGGCCUUGUAGCUAUUCUGGGAUCAUCCAUGAUAGUGGCAGCUCCUGGCAGGACCCCCAUGACAAGUGCACCACGUGCGAGUGCAAGGACGGGCAGCUAUGCUGCAGCUACGAUUACGGCUGCGCUGGCGAUCUGGGCAGCAACGAGCAGCAGCAACGUCCUCCAGUCGUUGUUCCUGAGCCUGUCGUACGCGGUCUACCGAGCCCUGCGGGGUCACCGAUGGCUGACAGUGCAUCGGAAGCAGCUCUAUCAGCGGUUACCGCUUCCAGUUCCACUGGUGCAACACCAAUCACCAGUGCCUACCUCUUGUCAGCUUCGUCUUCUUCCUCGUCCGUUAGCAACGUCGCCAGUAGCAGCAGCAGUGGGUCCACAGGCAGAAAGGAUCACUGGACACUGCAGAACGGCUUGUCAAAAUCAUCCCAGCAACAGAGGGACGACCGCCGUGUUAGAACGCAAACACAGCAACCUGUCCCGACAGCCAGGUAUCAUCAGCUAUCCAUUGGAGCAGCGACGACGCCGUCGUCGACGCCUGAACGCGUUACACCUGCGUCGACGUCGUCGUCGACGACGACGACCAAGGCUCCGGUUAAGCACGAGACCAAACAGCCACAAUCGUCCGCGUCGCGACGUCAACGCGUCAAGGUGUCCAACAGUAACGGUCUCGCGAGUCAUCGUAGCAACGUGUCCUAUUCCUCCAUCUCCUCCCUUUCCUCUUCUUCAUCUUCGACGCCAUUGGCGAUGCUGGUGUCAUCUGGCGCGAACCAAGAAACCGACAGCGUCUCAACUAGUAGCGUCGCCAGUGAGACAGUGGUUUCAGCGAACGCUUAUCGACAGCCGGCGUCCACCGGUGGUCGGCAUAGGCGCAGCAAUGACGCUGGAGAAUCCGUGGCACGCGAUAGUGGCGCCACCUGAGGCUGACGCUUCCGUGGACAGCUAGAAGAGACAGAAAUGAACACUGGCAACGCAUUCCAGGGGGUGUAGCAAUGGGAACUGAGCCGUAGCCCUACGUAGGAGCGAGCGGAGAAGCCGUUCUCCAAUGGUCACCUAUGAUCAUCAGAUUCAACGGUGUCGUCGGGGGAAGCGAGUGCAGUGAACCGGGGCAAGAGGAACGCGAGCAACACAAGGUGAAGUAA